GGCCCGCGCGGCCGGCCCUGGCCCUGCGAGAGGGAGAAGAUGCCUUUCCACCAUGUGACCGCUGGCCUGUUGUACAAGGGGAAUUACCUCAACCGGUCUCUCUCUGCUGGCAGCGACAGCGAGCAGCUUGCAAAUAUCUCCGUGGAGGAGCUCGAUGAAAUCCGAGAGGCCUUUCGGGUUCUGGACCGAGAUGGGAAUGGCUUCAUCUCCAAGCAGGAGCUGGGAAUGGCCAUGCGCUCUCUGGGGUACAUGCCGAGUGAGGUGGAGCUGGCCAUCAUCAUGCAGCGCCUGGACAUGGACGGGGAUGGCCAGGUGGAUUUUGAUGAAUUCAUGACAAUUCUUGGCCCAAAACUGGUGUCUUCAGAAGGCCGUGAUGGUUUUCUUGGAAACACAAUAGAUAGCAUAUUCUGGCAGUUUGACAUGCAAAGGAUAACUCUGGAAGAGUUGAAGCACAUCCUCUAUCAUGCCUUCCGGGACCACUUGACAAUGAAGGACAUUGAGAACAUCAUCAUCAACGAGGAGGAGAGCCUGAAUGAUACCUCGGGGAACUGCCAGACAGAGUUUGAAGGCGUGCACUCCCAGAAACAGAACAGGCAGACCUGCGUGCGGAAGAGCCUCAUCUGCGCCUUCGCCAUGGCCUUCAUCAUCAGCGUCAUGCUGAUCGCCGCCAACCAGAUCCUGCGGAGCGGCAUGGAGUAGCCGCCGCCCGCCACCAGCCGCUGCGGUCCCCGCUCACUGCGCAUGCGCACGCCCUGCGGGCCGACUCUUCCUCCACAAAAGCAGAUCUGGACGAUGCAGACGUGGCACAGUUCGGCGAAGAACCCAAGGUUGCAGUGCAACCUCUGUUGCAAGUCCACUUCAUCUCCUUGGCAGGGACACAAAAGGGCUGUCUUCAAUGCUUUAAUGGUUUUGUUUCCUAAUGCAAUAAAUAGCCAGGAGUUCCGAGUGAUCGCUUCAACCACCUGCAGAAACUCCGCACAGGAACUUCAUUUUCAUCUCGGAACUCCAAUGGCCAUGCGGGCCAGUGGUAAGAGAGCAAGGGAGAGGCGUGAACACGCAGUCACCUCCCCGCCCCGUCCUUUCAACCCAGGGGCCAACUGGAGACCCCCCAGGGCAACCCAAGGGGUGACUUCAGGGUUGCCGCAGAAGAGGGGGCUCUCCACCUGUCCCUGGAUUUCCUCCUCCACCUAGUGGAGCCCCCCUCACCCCCACAAGGCAUGAGGGGUGCAGGACCUGCAGCUGCUCCCAUGCUUCCGUUCUUACAGCCUUUCUACAGGACUCUAGCUGGCAGAGCUGGGGAGUUCUCGGUUUCCAUCUGCACUUGGCUUUCAGUUCCUAGAGCCCAUCACGCACCAGCAUUUUGGAAUCUGCAGAGAGCCUUCCUCCCAGCUGUGCUGCUUGUGCUGCCAUUAAAGAACAAAGAAGCAUACUUGUGGGCAUCUCUAUAAUCACAUAGACACGUAGAUAGAUGUAUCUAUUUGGCUUCUUCAUGUGUGGCAUCAUUCUUCCCUAAUCACUUACUCCUCAUAUAAGCUUAUCCUCUGACACGCAUCCCUGCCUCUUUUGGGUGGGAGAGGUCGUUUGGGGGACGGGGACUGAGACUGGUGGCGAGGAGGUGUUGCAGCCCACGCCCCAGUCGUCCGCAACAAUGGAGCCCGCACACGUCUCCCUGCCAGAAGACCUCUGUAAGUUAAGGUCCUCACGCAUCUUACCUUUUUCUCACCUUACAGUUGGCUUGCUAAGUUAGUCUUCCCCAGAUAAAAAGAGGAAUACAAUCCAGAGUGGAAAGAUCAAA